ACGGCUCAGGUUCAUAAAAGGGCCGAGCAGGAGAAGAGCUGGAGGCUGAGAGGCAGCCCACUCGUCUGUGCCUGUGGAAGAUCCGGUGCCAGAGACCACAGUCAUGGCGGGGACCCUGAAGGUGAAGAUGCUGGGGGGUGAGGAGUUCCUGGUACUCCUGAGGGACUCCAUGCUGGCCCUGGAGCUGAAGCAGCAGAUAGCCCAGAAAUCCGGCGUGCCUGUGUUCCAGCAGCGCCUGGUUACCCACCCUGCCGGCGAAGUGCUGAAGGAUGGGGUCCCCCUUGACAGCCAGGGCCUGUGCCCUGGCAGCACGGUCCUGCUGGUGGUACAGAGCUGUGACAACCCGCUGAGCAUCCUGGUGAGAAACGACAAGGGUCGCAAUACCGCCUACGAGGUCCGGCUGACGCAGACUGUGGCUGAGCUCAAGCAGCAGGUGUGCCGGCAGGAGCAUGUACAAGCUGACCUGUUCUGGCUGAGUUUCCAGGGGAAGCCCAUGGACGACCAGCACCAGCUGGGGGACUAUGGCCUCACACCCCAGUGCACUGUGUUCAUGAAUUUACGCCUGCGGGGGGGUGGGGGUGGGGAGUGGGCAGGACCAAGAGGGCAGCGCUGAGGGCCACCCGCCCGAGUCCCUGAUCAAGUGUGGGUAAUAAAAGUUGAUGCAAAAUUAAA